AUGUCUGCUGAAGGGAAACGAAUAAUUGUGGUUGCUGGUGGUACUGGAGGAAUUGGUCGACAUAUUGUUGAUGAUCCUUCAACACUUCGUGAUUUAACAGAAAAAGGUGUUAUUGUUGUUCAAGUUGAUUAUUCAAAUCAUGAAUUAUUGGUAAAAGAAUUACAAGGAGUUCACACUGUAAUUGUGACAUUAAUUUCUCUUGAUGAAUCAUCAAUUUAUUCUCAAAUAAAUCUUCUCAAUGCUUCAUUAGAAGCGAAAGUGAAACGAUUUGCUCCAUCAGAAUGGGCUGGAAAACAUGAAGAAACGAGUCCUAUUGAACUUUAUAAAUUUCUCAAAUUACCUGUUCGAGAAAAGGUCAAAGCUUCUGGAAUUGAAUAUACAAUAUUUGUUAACGGAAUUUUUAUGGAUUAUUUUGCAUCACCACAACGAGCAAGUGCAUCAUUACCUCCUCUUACUGUUGGUGUUGAUUUUAAUACAUGUCAAGCAGACCUUUUUGGUACAGGAAAUGAACCAUUUUGUAUUACUCGUGCUGAUGAUGUUGGUAAAUUUGUUGCUGCUGCACUUGAUCUUGAUAAAUGGGACGAAUAUACAGAUGAAGUUGUUCAACUUGCAAAAGAUACGAAUGAUAAUAUUAUGAAGAAAUUUAUGUAUCAAGUUCAUGUAAGUUUGAUACAAGGAGAAUUUGAUUACGAAGACACUUUAAACAAAAAAUGUUCACAAGUUCAACCAACAACAAUUGAAAAUUUUCUUCUUCAAUGGUGGGAUGAUAAACAAGGACAAGUUCUCUAA